AUGCCACUCGAGUGGGAGGAGACUCGCUCUCUGUCCCGUGAAAUCAAGGAAGUGAUGCUGUCUGUCUUUAAUGCUGUGCUGGGUUAUUAUAAAAGGCUGCAGGAGAGGAGGCGGAGCUCCGUGGUUGUGAGCCUUCCUGGAUUGGAUGUUUCCCCUGGAGAUUUGUUCGUGUCCAAUGGCGCAGCUGAUAUUUUAAAUAAAUCAGCCUAUUCAGACACUAAGAAAUCAAAGUGGCCCUUCUCAAGGCGGAGCACACAAACAAAAGGGAAGACUCGCAGCAUAGCUGACAUUGACAAGUGUCUGGCUGGCAUUCAAAUCCAGAAAUGGCGAGACACAGACUUUCAGACGUAUAAGUUGCAGGCGUUUGGUGAGAGCAUUUGCCAUUGUCUGCAGAAAUACUGCCUGAAUUACAGUACAGCCAUUCUUUAUCUGGACAGCCUGAAACUCAGAGAGGACUUUGGCUCUUUCGUGAAGUGGUGUGAACGAAACGAGCAGUGCCGCAGGCUGCAGUUGAAGGAUCUGCUGGUGGCUCCUCUGCAGAGAUUUACACGGUACCCUCUGCUGUUGAAGAACAUAGGGAAGAAGAGUUGCUCGGAGGCCGAGGAGAACACCAUACAGAGCAUCGUGGGUCUCGUUGACACAGCCAUCUAUGAUCUUGAAGGAAAAGUGAAGUGGUUGGACAACUACCAGAAGGUGAAACAGCUGAAGGAAGCUCUGGUGUGGCUUCCUGUGUGGGAGCAAGACAAGAGGGCGCAUGUUCCUGAGAAUCUGAAGCACUUGCUAAAAGCUGUAAGUCUGGAGAACCUGGUGUCUCACCGUAGUCUUCUGCAUGAUGGGAAGCUCGUUCUCAUAGAAAAUGCCAAGAUGCAUGAGGUCUACCUGUUUCUCUUUGACGAAUUCCUUCUAAUCACGAAGAUCAAGCGAAGCAAAAAGAAGUCUGGCGUGGUGGAGUCGAACCCCCUGCGUCCGGCUGCGGGCCAAGAGCUUGAGUUCUUAUUACAGGAGAGCUGUAGUUUCAUUGUCCUGGACCAGCCCAUCUCUCUGGACCGCCUGCAGUUAAAGAACAUAGACCAGCUCAACGCCACAGCAUCUGGUCUGCCCAAUUCCUUCAUAAUAAUGCACCAGAAUCGUUACCAGCAAUGCAUCGGAGUCUUCAUUCUGCAAGCCCAGACUGAAUCUGUGAAGAAAGCGUGGGUGUCGGAGAUUGAGGAUGCCAUCAGUUCCCUGCUGAAGCAGGACUGUCAGCAGCCGCGAGUCAGGAACUCUUUUCUGGAGUCUUCACAGAUCUAAUUUAUUCAGAGACUUUCUAGAGAACUUCUCCCAGAGCGCCAGUGAACCACCGCAGCGCACAAAGGCAUUUCAUGUAGUUUAAAGGAAAAGUUUGCCCCAAAAUGAAAAUUCAGUCAUCGUUAAUUCACCUCAUGUCAUUCCAAACCUGACUGGCUUUUACUAGAAUGUCUGAACUGUUCUUUUCCAUACAACAGGACUGAAGCUGUCAAGUUUGUAAAAGGACAGACAUCACCAUGAAAGUAUUCAAGUCUUCUAUAUGACUCGCAUUGUGCAAAAGUCACUUUUGAUUAUGUCCUAGAGAAAGUCAUAGGGGUUUGAAACAACAUUUUUUUGUUAAAAAUGGAAAUACAUCAACAUUGUUCCAGUGGUGACCCUGAGCAGUUUGCACUUUUUAAUAAUUUUUGGAGAACAGAAUGUUGCACAUUCAUAACACAAAAAAAUAUGCUGAAUUUGCGUGUCAGAGAGUGACACUGUGUAUUGUGGGGAAACUUAAAUGCUUAGAUAAAAGAACCUACUGUAUGUGUUGUAAUACAGUGUGUAGGUUAGCAAAACUCUCAUUUGUAUAAAUUACAAUUUUCUUUAAAACAAUAUUAUGCACUGCCUUGUUUCGUGAAUAAUUUACUUGGUUGACCAUGAAAAAUAA